UCAUACUUUUUUGGGCUUUUGUCCAACAUUCGGAGUGCUUUUGACCUACAUUUUAAUACGCCUGGGACAACUGUACACAAAAUCCUAAAGGAGUCAUAAAAAGACUCCAGCUUUUUUGACAAGUUUUUUAUUCAAAGUUUUUUACGUUCCCAUUAGUUCGUGCUGUAAUAUUGACUGUUGGGCGAAAAAAAUCGGAUUCUUUAUGCCAACGUUUCUGUGACAGUGUGAACAAUGGAUUGCAAAUCUUUGGUUUGAUAAAAUUUGUCGUUUUCUGAGAACGACAUCUGGGAAAUACGAAAAUGGGCUGCGCACCGAGUGGAGGAUCGGGCAAAAGCGACGGCGCCCGGCUGAUGGCAACCAAGCUCACAUUCACGAAAGAACAACUUGAGAAUCUCAACGGAUUCUUCCGUCAGACAAUCGAGCAUGAAUCGAACCAAAAUAGUGAUACGAAUCGCAUUGAAGCGAGUGUCGAGAAAUUGGUCCAACGUCUCGUUUCGGGGGUGGGGAAUUUAGAUCGACGAUUUUCCACAAUGUUUGUCGUUUCUCUGAAUGAGCGACGCCGAGUGAAGCAACUUAAGUUCGAGUAUCUCUUACGCAUCGAUGCUCUUUCGACUCCCGGGAUUUAUUCCGAGUGCGAGAGUGCCGCGAACGUUGAGGAAGAUUCGAGUUUGCCAGGAUUUGCGCGACUUCGUAUACGCAGCUCCGAGGCUGAGACGUGGGCCGAGUUCCUCGGUCCCGGUGGAAAACUGCGACGAGAUCUCGUGAGAGCUAAACUCGUGAAUCUAUUGGCAGCUGUUACCAAACAAGAACUGUCAAAAGAAGCUGAAGAAGGUUUUUGUCAAGCCCCUGGUCAAAUCGUGGAUGCUGAAGUUUUAGACAAAAUACUGAAGCAGCCCGACCACUGCAGAAUAUUUUUCGGUUCUGAUACGACCGAAGAAAAAAUGGAAGGCAAAGAUCAUCGCGUUGCCCUGGUCGAGGACGCGAGUGGCAUACUCUUGAGGAUAGGAAUGGACGAUGUUUCGAGCAGUACGAGUCAUGACGUUGAAGUGAGGCUUUUAAUUGGCGCAGGGGUUGCUUCGUGGUCAACACUAGCCGAUUAUCCACGCAGAGUGCCACUUCAUCACUGUGACGCGCUCAUUCACUACACAGCUGCGCAGAGUGGCAUGUACGCCGUCACCGUUGGACCGCAUCCCGGUGCUCGUUGCGAUGAUCGUGCCACUCUCUGGAGACUUCGGGUUCCCGCUGCCGAGACCAUCAUGACUCGGCAUUAUUCCGAGGAGAGCGUACCCGCUCUCUCGAGAUCCGUUCUCAUGGAGAUUAUCGAACAGCUACGCGGACGACGAACACUCAACGUGCCCAUGAAACAGAAGGAUUGUUUGAGAGUCGUGUCACGUCACAUCGUCGAAACGAUACAUUGGUGGUCGUUGGAAAGAGCAGGUCCUGAUCCACUGAGGAGCUGGUCGCCUGAUACUUUAUCUCGACACGUUUUACUGGCACUUGACGAGUUGGUCACGGCUCUCAAAUGUCAGAAUCUUCGGUGCUACUUUUAUCCCCGUUGCAACGUCAUGCUACAGUGUGCUAGAGGUGGCUUCUUACAUCACGAAGAUUCCUACGUUUCGGAUGCUCGACUUUUAGAAUCGUAUCUCACUGCCCUCCAUCGUUUCUCUACGACCUUAAUCCCGGUUGGGCUCAGACCGAGUGACGUCCUUGAGAAUGAACUUAUCACCCGGUGGAGACGCGUAAUGACGUCACUGCCAAGAGGAACCAUGAGUGGCCAUUAUGGUUACAGCACGAGACAGUUGGACUACAUUAGCAUAAUCGUCAAAGAAGUUUUGCGACUCAAAGACAACACGCUUCAGGCUCGUUUCGACGAAUGUUCUUUCUUGAGUUUUCCAACAUCUUCGCAAACUUCCGAGCCAGCCGAAAAUCUCUUAUAUCUGCUAACCCUCGUAUUGAAACAAGCGAGAGACCAAAUUUACGCAAUGACCGAUCGUCGCAAGCGCAAACGCCAACGUCUCGCUUCCCUCAAGGAUCGUGGUAAAUCGCGGUAUCACGAAGGAUCCGCUUAUUUUGAGAGAUCAGUGGAUGUUCUUCUUGAUGUAGUUCGACAUGACAGAGAAACAGCUUAUUUGGAUCUCGAGAGCGACCUUAUUAUGACAAAGACCCUGCUGAGAUGGCUCUACUUCGCGAUGGAAAACGACUUGAAGAUUUUGGGUCCAAUAUUGCGUCCAUAUCUGGGGAAUCUAUUCAACGCAUCCCACGAGAACGCCUGGCACGUCGAGUCCUGUCGUAAAAGAAGAGAGAUUUACAACUCGGAGAUGCGCUCAUUAGCGCUCUUUUGCAAACUCGUUACAGCCCAAGAAACGUCUCCGGCUGAUGGGAUCGUCGAGUCUUUAUCCAAGGGCUGGAAUUGGGCGGAACAUGUGACCCGCAUGAUCGAACGCUCCAACGAUGGCCUCAGGCUUGUUUUUCUAACGCCCCACAAGAUCCUAAAGUACAAUUUGACGUUUGCCAACAACAAAGGACUCAGCGCAUUCUCGACGUGGAGCAAGGCGAGAAACAUCGGAAACGCGACGAGGCGAGCUAUCAUUGCGAGAACCAACAUCAUUACGGCAACCGAUCGAUUGCCCAACUGGAAUGAGGGAACAGCGAGUGCUGAGAAGCUGAAUAAAGGUAUUGCAAGUCAUGUCGAGCUAAGGGACGCAAGCCCCUUGACGUACGUCGUCUCCAUGAGCCGCCGACGAGGACGACAACGAGGUCCAGGUGGCCUAAUACCAGCUCUAGUUGCGCUCAACAAGUUUAGGAUUCUUCAAGAGGCUGCCGCAGUCUUGCCCCAGGACGAGAGGGUUGCUAUGCUAGAUAUAGUUCAAAGAGUAUCCCGCGAGGCGUCUCGACGUCUGCGACGUACCAGCUGUCCCGAUCUCACUGCCUCUGGAUCUCCAAGACAAACAUACACGCCCAGAUCGGAAAAUCAAAUUCUGGAUCCAACCCCCGAACGCUUGUCUCCAAGCUCCAGACAGCGGAGGAUUAUCGCCGAACGUCAAGAACUGCUGCAUCGAGAAAUGCUCGAGAUUAACGACACCCUUACGAGAGGACUUCGAUCCAGGGCUCGACUGCCAACGUGGGACUCGUCCUCUGUCGCUUCCUGGACAUCGUCGAUCGGUUCGACCGGUAGAAGCAGAUUUAGGAAGAGUCGUACACCCAUUUGGGAAACUAUGAGAGGCACCUCGCCGAUGUGGGAUCGCGUAAGUAUCGAUGAAAACUUGGCGAAAAGUUGUUCGGAGGAAAUGAUGAGUCGAGAAGAGUCGCCAAAGUGGAAUUUGGAAAAUUGCCGUCGCAGAAACGCCCUUGAUCCCAUCGACGACGAGAGACUACCGUCGUGGGACUUUCUUGAGACUGCGUUGAAUCGUAAACUUGCCCGUUUCGAGAAUCAACAUGAGCAUCGUCAAUCUCGAGCUUCUCCAAGUUUUACCACCAAAAAUUCAUCCGUCGAUUAUCCUUCGAUGGCUAACGCGAGUAAAGAGUUCCCAAGGGAAAAUUUACAGCAGCAAAAAUCGAGGAGAAUCUCGAGCUCGAAAACAACGAACGAAUAGAGCAGCUGACAUUUUUGUUUUUUAAUUUUUUAACAAAAAGCCCUUAGUCGACUGUUUGAAUUUUAUUUAUUUAUCAUAAUUUCAAAACGUUUCACUCACUCAUUCAUUAAGCCUUAAAAAUUUUCAGUCAAUGAUUAUCUAAGUGAAGAGUCGUAUUGAAAAUGAAUGUAGUUAACACACGAAGCCGUUGAUUGGCCAAUAACGAAUCAGAUUUUCAACAAAAACAAAAAAUAAAAAUGCUCGUAUGCAGA